ACGGCGGGUUGGAAAGCACAUGCAAUAGUCGGCAAUUUUUACUCAACCAAAAAUAUAGAAAUUAUUUCACAUCAUAUUUAUUUAUUUACUGCAUUUUUAUCUAGUCAGUUUUUAGAUGGGGUUAACGGAUUUGGUCACCGGGUUAUCGGAGAACCCCUAUUUUGGGGCUGGAUUUGGUUUGUUUGGGGUCGGCGUGGGUGCGGCCGUGUUCCGAAAGUUUACUCAGUUUGGAAUGAUCUAUUUCCGACGGCAUUACAUGGUCACGCUGGAAAUUCCUUGCCGGGAUAAAAGCUACUCCUGGGUUCUUAACUGGCUGACGACAAAAGGGGCGAAGGGAACGCAGCACUUAUCCGUCGAGACGUCCUACGAACAGAAGGAGACGGGAAAGGUGUUGACCAAAUUCGCCUUCGUGCCCAGUGUGGGGACACAUUUUUUCACGUAUCAGGGUAAUUGGAUUCGAGUCGAAAGGACGCGAGAGCAGCACACGCUUGAUCUCCACAUGGGCGUUCCAUGGGAAACGGUUACCUUCACAGCGAUUGGAAGAAAUCGACAAAUGUUCUACGACAUGCUAGAAGAAGCUCGUGUCAUUGCGUUAAAACAAUUCGAAGGAAAGACGGUAACUUAUGUCGCAGUUGGAUCAGAGUGGAGGCAGUUUGGACAUCCAAAGAAUAAGCGACCCAUCAAAUCUGUGGUUUUAGCGCCCGGUCUUAGUCGAAAGAUUACUGAUGAUAUUAGCGAAUUUCUUAAAACCUCUCAGUGGUACCAUGAUCGAGGGAUCCCUUAUAGAAGAGGUUAUUUGCUGUAUGGUCCCCCCGGCUGUGGAAAAUCGUCUUUUAUCACAGCCCUGGCUGGGCAUUUGGACCUCGGAAUUUGUGUUCUAAACUUAUCAGAUCGUAGUUUAUCAGAUGAUAGACUGAAUCAUUUACUUUCUUCUGCUCCCCAACAAACCAUUGUUCUUUUAGAAGAUGUGGAUGCUGCAUUUGUGUCGAGAGAGGAUACGGAGCAUGUAAAAACGGCAUACCAAGGCCUGAAUAGAGUCACGCUGAGUGGAUUUCUUAAUGUUCUUGACGGUGUAGCAUCGUCAGAGGGUCGUAUAUUAUUUAUGACGACCAAUUAUAAAGACAGGUUGGACCCUGCCCUCAUUAGACCUGGUCGAAUCGACUUUCAAGCCCUGAUAUCCUACUGCACGCAUGAACAGAUUGAAGACCUGUUUUAUAAUUUUUAUCCCGAAAGCAGCAAGUCGGAAGCACAAAACUUUAUCAACAAGUUGAAAGAACUCGGCCUGGACUCUAGAGUUAGUCCUGCAGUAUUACAAGGACAUUUUCUCAUGCAUAAAAACUCUCCAAAUUCUGCAGUUGAUGGUGCAGAACAAAUUAGAUUGCUUAUUCCGUCUCAUAUGGUGGCAAAAAGUAUAGCUAGCAGCUUAACUAAUAGUCAAUGAGUUGAUAAUUUAUUAUACUAAUAGUCCAAUCAAGGAAUUUUGUUUUAUACGAUGAAUGACAAAUAAAAAAAAACUUCCAGAACCCAAGUUAA